UAGCUUUCUCAAAAACUAAACAAGGAAAAAAAAAAAAAAAAGGAAAAAAAAAAAGAAAAAGGAAAAGGAAAAAAAGCAAGAAAAGUAGGUAGAACAUAUGGCUGCCUUGUUGAAAUCAAUUCAUUUUGGGCUUGCAAUCAUUUUUGCCAUAGCAGUUUGUUUCUCAAAUUUUGGUCAUGGAUUGGACGCUCAAACUGUGAUUGACUCCCCUUUGUUGACGCAAAAGAUUGGCACCAACCGAACAAUUAAGGUGGAUAUCAAUGGCAAUGGGGAUUUCAAAUCUAUUCAGGCCGCCAUAGAUUCUGUUCCUGUUGGGAAUAAUAGAUGGGUUAUUAUACAUAUAAGGAAAGGGAUUUACAGAGAAAAGGUACAUAUACCAGCAAACAAACCUUAUAUAUUCAUGAGAGGCAAUGGGAAAGGAAGGACAGCCAUUGUUUGGUCUCAAAGCUCUUCUGAUAAUGUGGAGUCUGCUACAUUCAAGGUUGAAUCGCCCCAUUUCAUUGCCUUCGGGAUCAGCAUUAAGAAUGAAGCUCCAACUGGGGUGGCUUAUACAUCACAAAAUCAAUCAGUGGCAGCAUUUGUGGCAGCAGACAGAGUAGCAUUUUAUCACUGUGGAUUCUAUAGCACCCACAACACUCUCUUUGAUUAUAAAGGCAGGCAUUACUACCACAAUUGCUACAUCCAAGGCUCCAUAGAUUUCAUCUUUGGCCGUGGAAGAUCUGUUUUCCAUGGGUGUGAGAUAUUUGUGAUAUCAGACAAGAGGGUGACAAUUCAUGGGUCAGUGACGGCUCAAAACAGAGAAAGUGCAAAUGAGAAUAGUGGGUUCGUGUUUGUGAAAAGUAAAGUGUACGGAAUUGGUGGGGUGUAUUUAGGAAGAGCAAAGGGUGCCUAUUCCAGGGUCAUUUUUGCAAAAACCUAUCUUUCUAAGACCAUUGUUCCUGAGGGCUGGACCAAUUGGAGCUAUGCAGGCCACACACAGAAUUUGUACCAAGCGGAAUAUAAAUGCCAUGGGCCAGGAUCGGAUCCAAAAGACCGUGCUUCUUGGUCAAAACAGCUGACUGAUGAAGAGGCUGCUCCUUUUCUGUCUAUCGAUUUCAUAGAUGGCAAGGAAUGGCUUCCUGCUUGGCUAUGAAAAACUUCUACUUCAUAUUUGAUGACCAAAACGAUGCCUACGUGCUUUGCCUGAAGAUUUUUAUAUAAUCCCAUGCACAUAUGCAUACAGAGACGAUCUGAGAUCUCAUAUUCAUCUGCUGGACUUACAAAUUAAAUUAAUUUCCAGAUUUAAUUAAUUAAUUUCCAACUAGUAUAUCUAUGAUGAUCAUUAAUUGUACUUUUAGCUAGCUGGCUAGUCCUAUAGUAGGUGAUUUCCAUCGAGUUUCUUUGAUGAGUUACAAAUUGUGUUUGUAUAAAUGACAACAUAUUCAUAUAUAGCACCACAUAAUAUGUAACUUAAUUUAGUUUCUCUGUACUUGAUUAUAUGAAUCGAAAUUGACCUGAAGAUUGUUCAUAUUCUUUUCAACAGCAUCUACACACGCAUGCAUGAUUUUAUAACUUCAUGCAUGAUUUAUAUAUAUUAAUCGUCGCCAUUGAUUAUUUGGUUUAUAUAUAUAUAAUAUGUUUAAGAACUAAAAUAUUUGAAAUCGAACAGAGAUUAUUAAUAGUUAUGCAUGGAAGAAAAAAAAAAAAAAAAGCCAUAAAAGCUUUUCAUUUUAUUCUUUUAGAUCGAAUUACAUAAAAGUUCUACACUAGCUAUAUCCAUGCAUGCACUAACAUGCAUGGUAUUCAUCAUCACAUUCCUCUUGCUUGCUAUAGCUGAUAACUUUAUAUUCUUUUUUUUUUUUUUUUUAAUUAAAA